CAUGAACAGUGCGGCGGCCGUGUGACUCCCACUGUCGGAUUGACGCCUUGAACGUCGCAGUGUUGUAGAGACGAGACGCGGCUGGAAAGACGCUCCGGUGUAUGGACAGGCGCCCGGACACUCCUGUAUUCUGAACGGACUACAUCGACGACACAUUCGGACACUGUGCGGUUCUGUCUGCUCGAUUCUCUUCACUGCAGGGCCUCUUCAGUUUACAGGAAAAAAAAGUGGGUGUUUGCUGCUCACUGGUGUUUCAGCGUCUCCGAGCGCGGCGAAGUGUCCUCGAUGGCAGGCUGGAAGGACGGCUCGGUGCAGGAGAAGUACCGGUUGGUUGUGGUCGGAGGCGGCGGUGUUGGUAAAUCAGCCCUGACUAUCCAGUUUAUUCAGUCGUACUUUGUCACUGAUUAUGACCCUACAAUUGAAGACUCCUAUACCAAGCAGUGUGUGAUUGAUGAAAGGGCAGCCAGGCUUGACAUCCUGGACACGGCUGGACAGGAAGAGUUUGGAGCCAUGAGAGAACAAUACAUGAGGACAGGGGAGGGCUUCCUACUAGUCUUCUCAGUCACUGACAGAGGGAGCUUUGAAGAAAUCUACAAAUUCCAAAGACAAAUUCUACGCGUCAAAGACAGAGAUGAGUUUCCGAUGAUCCUUGUAGGAAACAAAGCAGAUCUGGAGCUCCAGAGACAAGUAUCCCAGGAAGAGGGCCAGCAGCUGGCCAGACAACUAAAGGUCACAUAUAUGGAGGCAUCAGCAAAGAUCCGCAUGAACGUAGACCAGGCUUUCCAUGAGUUGGUCAGAGUAAUUAGGAAAUUCCAAGAACAGGAAUGUCCACCAUCGCCGGAACCUACGAGAAAAGAAAAAGACAAAAGCGGCUGCCAUUGUGUGAUUGUCUGAGUUGGCCUUAUCACUGUAACUCAUACAGCUACUUUGUACCACCCAACCCAUUCUGCCUGACAUCACAUCCUCUGUGGAUGACUGACUGAUGCCUUCUCCACGUGCAUGACUUCAGACAGCCUUUUCCGAGAUACUCUGACCAGGAACUGCUGUCCCCAAGACUCCUCUAUGGACUACUGACAAUGCCAAAUUUUAACACCACUCUACCUUCAACAGUAAUCAGAUUGACACAAGAGAGUCCAAACACUAAAUAUCGCCUUCCAAAUCUGCCUGACAAAUUCAUGUUUUAUAUUCUGAAGGACUUCUCUUGCCUUGUAGUGACAUUUGUACUUGCUACCAAGAUUGAAUGGAAAGCAUAUAUCCAGAAUGUUAAAGGAUUUUUUUUUUUUUUUCAUUUCCAGUGUCAGACCUGAACAGAGAGAUUAUCUAUUGAAGCUUUGUGUAUGUUGUGCCAUAUCCAUCUUUACUCCCAUGUGCUAAUCUGCUACUGUACAUAAGUGACAUUUGUUGUGAUUUUCAAAGUGUAUUUCUAAUGACCUAUUAAAUCACCACAGUACAGUGUGUGAGGUUGAAUCUGGUUUUACAUAUAUGAACGUGAAUAUAUAUGUAUAUAAAUAUAUUGCCUAGAUGGCUGUUAAAGCUAUAGCAGUAUAGCUUUCUGGCAUUCCGCAGGUGGAAUCUUUUCCUUUCUCUGUGGUUUCUGCUUUCAUUGCAAUAGCCAAAUAUGGAGUGUCUACUGUAUUUGAUUUUUUAAAAUAAGUCUUAUAGAUUGUAGGAUUCGUAUCCUUUGCCUUCCUUAUUGUGUCAAAAUGACCACCUCUGUAUACUUUCCUAUAAGACGGUUGAUCAGACUCGAACAACCUGUAUGAUUUUCAUUUUCCAAUAAGCAGCAGAGACAAAAUUAUUAAUAGUAUAUUUUGUAGCUCUCAAAAAUAAUGCGGUUUCUGAUCAACAUGAAAUGUAUCCAGCUCUUAAAAAUGUU